CCGGAUCACACCGCAACUCGCAUCGCACUCUGGCUGCUCUGCACUCCAUUCCAUUUCAAACAAAAACCUCUCUCUGCUCUCGCCUCCGGCCCGGAUCAAACCGCCACCGAAAAAUCCCCCCAAAAAACCAGCAGUUCGCAGUAGUAAACGCGGCAGAACCCUAGCGCCCACCCUCUGACUCCCAUCCAUCCCAUGGCGGCCAACCACUCCUCCGGCACCGACAUGGCCUCCUCCUCUCCGGCGCCCCCGGCGCCGGUGCGGCUUUCCGCGGCGGCGCAGGCGGCCGCGAUCCAGCCCUCCUCCCCGCGCUUCUUCUUCUCCUCGCUGGUCGGUACCAACCCGGCCUCCCCGCACCGCCGCAUCGCCAUCGCCGUCGACCUCUCCGACGAAUCCGCCUUCGCCGUCAAGUGGGCCGUGCAGAACUACCUCCGCCCCGGGGACGCCGUCGUGCUGCUCCACGUGCGCCCCACGUCCGUGCUCUACGGCGCGGACUGGGGCUCCAUCCCGGUCUCCGUCUCCGACGAGGGCGCCGGCGCGGACGGGGAGGAGGGCGCCUCCGAGGAGGAGCUGCAGAAGAAGCGGGAGGAGGACUACGACGCGUUCACCUCCACCAAGGCGCAGGACCUGGCGCAGCCGCUGGUCGACGCGCAGAUCCCCUUUAAGAUCCACGUCGUCAAGGAUCACGACAUGAAGGAGCGCCUCUGCCUCGAGGCCGAGCGCCUGGGCUUGUCCGCUAUGAUCAUGGGAAGCCGCGGUUUCGGCGCCUCGCGCAAGGGCGGGAAGGGGAGGCUUGGGAGUGUUAGUGAUUACUGCGUGCAUCACUGUGUCUGCCCGGUUGUGGUUGUUCGCUACCCCGAUGAUGCUGCAGGUGCUGGUGGGGAGGCAGCAGGGGCAACAGAUGAGCUGCACACUGUGCCCGAGGAUGAACCUGUGUAUCACGAUGCCCCUGAGGUUCACAAAGAAAACUGAGGCAAUGGCAUGCAGCUGAAGCAGGAAGGAAAACAUGAGGCUUGUAGCCAGGCGAUCCAUGUGUAUUUGGAAGAUGCAACUGGUUGCUUAUCUUUGCUUCUUUGCUUUUAUAUCUGCUGCGUAUCAUAAACUGGGUUGACCAGCAGUCUGCUUUCCGUUUUGAGUUUCAUAUCGGAGUCCUAGAUCAUCGGAGUCUUUGUUGGUUUGCUUGCGAGAUGUUUAUAUUGUCGGACGCCAUGUAGAGUACACGUCCCGUGGGUAGGAGCUGUCUUACGGAUGUUUAUGCUGGGGCUGGGCUCCUAAAUUUAUCUUAUUUUGCAAGACCGUUGUAUUCUCUCGUAGUUCUCAACACGCUAUCAUCUGCUCUAUUCAGCCUGGUUUGUAUUGGAUACUUGGUUAAUGGAGUACUUUCUGUAUUUACUACUCGGAUAUUGGAUAGAAUAAUUGCCUAGUUGGAUA